AGAACUCUGGAAAUGGGGGAGGUAAUGGGAUCUUCUUCGAGGUCAUGGAGGGAGGAGUUACCUAGUUUAGUUGAAGAUACUGGGAUAAGUUUCAAUGGCGAAGUAAUUGGAAUUUCGACGCUAGCAUUCGAGACCAAGAAAUUUGGGGUUGAUUCAUCGGGAAUGAAACAUCGGCGGAGCCAGAGAGGUUCAAGGAUCAAAUCAAAGGUUUUGCCAAUGCUUGGGGCGAAAAUGGUGGUGGAAUUUGGCAGAGGCUGUAAGGAUGUAUUUCAGGAGACCUUGUUGACUGACGACUCCUAGAUUGUCAAGAAAACUAGAGCCCAUUUGCACUUUUUACUUGAGAUGAUUGCGUUUAUGGACUCGAAGGAUAAAGUACACGAAACUGAAAAGUGCUUGGAUUCUCAAUUAUGGCAUGCCUGUGCCGGUAGUAUGGUUCAAAUGCCGCCGGCGAAUUCGAAAGUCUUGUACUUUCCCCGGGGACACGCGGAGCAUGCUUGCGGCAAUGUGGAUUUCGGGAAUUGCCCUCUAAUUCCAGCCUAUACCCGUUGAAGAGUAUCUGCUAUUAAGUUCAUGGCGGAUUCCGAGACUGACGAGGUUUUUGCGAAAGUUCAGCUGAUUCCCAUGGAGGGAAAUGGUGCUGAUUUUGAUGAGGACGGAGUUGGGGGGGUGAGCGGGAUGGAUAACCGAGAAAAGCCCACCUCCUUUGCCAAGACACUGACACAAUCAGAUGCAAAUAAUGGGGGAGGCUUUUCAGUUCCAAGGUAUUGUGCAGAGACCAUUUUUCCUCGGCUGGACUACUCUGCAGAUCCUCCUGUUCAAACCAUCCUGGCAAAAGAUGUUCAUGGGGACACUUGGAAAUUCCGGCAUAUAUACAGAGGGACACCUAGGCGUCAUCUUUUAACAACUGGAUGGAGCACUUUUGUGAACAGUAAGAAAUUGGUUGCUGGGGAUUCCAUUGUUUUUCUUAGAGCGAAGAAUGGGGAUCUCUGCGUUGGAAUCCGGCGUGCAAGGCGGGGGGUUGGAGGUGGACUUGGACCGUCAUCGGGGUGGAAUGCGGCAGGAAGGAGUUGUGUCAUGCCGCACGGGGGAUUUUCAGCAUUUCUAAGGGAAGAUGAAAGCAAGUUGACGAGGAACGGUAGUGAAAGCAAUAGUGGAACUUCAGUUAGCAUCAAUCUAUGUGUAGACGAAUUUGCCCCUCAAAAAGUUGAUUUCCGUCUCUCCUAACGGCACAAAUACACGGAGUGACCAAAAUGGUACAGAUUUAC